CUGUAAGGGGUUAAUAUGCUUAGCUUGGUCUCUGUAGGCAUGAUGAGAAUAACCAAGCACGUAGCAGUGAGCACGCUCAUGCUUAUUUCCCUGUUUACCGUCGGAGUUCCUUAUCAGCAAGGAAGGUAUGGCGCGAUGACCCCCUCCCACCCUGGACGUGUUAAUAAAAGAAGGAGAGUCAGGCUUCUUGUACAGACGUAGGAUCCGAUUGAGCUGCAAGUUACUUUCUGUCUGAUUUCAACAGUCAUGGGUUCUAUUGCCCCCGAGCCUGUGCCGAGUUUGACUCCUCUCGAGCUCAUUGGUCCCAAGGGAUAUCUUCGAUAUGUCUUCACCUUUCCACUGGCUAGUGACUAUGAGGUCAAAGAGGUGGCAGCGGUCCUGAAAGCCGGCUACGCGGCUGCCAUACAGCGGCUCCCCGUAAUGGACUGUGAAGCCAUCCCGGACCUCAACGCCAGACAGGGCGGCGUGAUGAAGCUCAGGAAAGUGGACAACAGCAAGGACGACGGCAUUCUUGUGAAGGAUAUGCGCAUGGAUGCUUUUCCAACCUAUGCUGAGCUCAGGGCUCAGCACUUCCCCGUGGCCGCCUUUGAUGCCGACACAUUCUGUCGGAGUGAUGUAUGGCCUACGCCCGGCGAGCCAUUGCCUAUUUCACUUGUUCAGGCCAACUUCAUCCGCGGAGGACUGAUCCUGACCUGGUGUAUCCUGCAUAUGGCUGGCGAUGGAACCUCGUUUCAGACGUGGAUGCAGGUCUGGGCUGAAGAGUGUCGACACGCGCAGGGCCUCGACAGUAAGCCAGUUGCACUGCCACCGGCUAUUUUCGAGGACCGCGAGCGAGUGAUGCGCUCUACGGGGCGUAACCUAGGACGACCGGAGGAUCACCCGGAGUACAUAGUUCUGCCCGUAAAGCCACCCGCGGGCAUACCCCCGAAGAUGCUUUCAAAGGAUCAUCGUGCACAGGUCUUUUAUUUCUCCCCGGAAGCCUUGUCAGCAUUGAAGAGUGACGCUUCUCCUUCCAAUGCGACGGAACCCACAAAUGUGCCCUGGAUCUCCACCAACGAUGCUCUUUCUGCAUUAUUAUGGCGGACCGUGAUGGCAGUCCAGUGGCCCGUUGAGACACUGGAAGGUGACCCAGUGUCUUUCUUCAAUAUUGCCCUGAAUGGUCGCCUGCGUACAGAUCCACCGGUCCACCCCGACACCCUGGGCUGCUUUCUGGAAUACAUCGGUGUGUCUAUGCCUGUGCGAAAGAUGCUGAGCUCUGCCAGCCUAGCCGAUCUGGCCGUAUUGAUCCGCCAGGAACUGCAACGGGUAAACAACCAGUUCACGGACGACGUAACGACUCUCAUUGAAGGGCUCGAUGACAUCAGUCAAAUAUUCCCAGCCUCGCUUGUUGACCUCCCGGGGUUCAAUUGCAUACUUUCAUCGUGGAUCGGCUUCAAACUAUAUGACAUAGACUGGGGCACGCUGUUGGGCGGUCACAUUGAGUCCGUUCGGACUCCGCAUGUUGGAAUUAUCAAUGGUCUGCAGAUAGUCUUGCCGAGUCCUCCUGAGGGAGGAAUGGAGGUGGUGAUAGGCGUGGCGGAUGGCUGCCUGGAGAGGCUGCUCAACGAUCCACUAUGGACGAAGUAUGCCGUGGCGCGGUAGACUGUCAUGCGGGCUCAGCUGAUGGAAUGCUGGUGUUGCAGUAGGAUGGCACCCAAGAAUGAGUUUUGUAUCCUUAAGUGCAGAGUAACUUCGUACUGUCUGUAGGAGUCAUGUUUUCUCCGGCUUUGGCUGCACUGAACGACCCAUGACAUUCUGUCCUCAUAUCAGU